GGGAGGCGCAGGCAGCAUCAUGGCGGAGGAGCGGGAGCUCUGUUUCUACCGGCAUCUGCCCAAAGUGGAACUCCAUGCUCAUUUGAAUGGCUGUAUCAGUUCUGCCACUAUGAAGAAACUUAUGGCCCAGAAGCCAUUCCUUCAGAUCCAGAAUGGGAUGACUAUGAUUGAUAAAGGAAAGAAAAGAACCCUAGAUGAAUGUUUUCAGAUGUUUCAGAUGAUAUACCAGAUUACCACUAGGACUGAAGAUAUUUUACUGAUAACUAAAGAUGUUAUUAAAGAAUUUGCGCAUGAUGGGGUCAAGUAUCUGGAACUGAGGAGCACUCCCAGAGAAGAGAAGUCCACAGGUAUGACCAAAAGGAUGUAUGUUGAAACUGUACUUGAGGGUAUAAAGCAGUGUAAAGAAGAAGGCUUGGAUAUAGAUGUAAGAUUGUUAAUAGCAAUAAACAGAAGAGGUGGCCCAGCAGUUGCUAAGCAGACUGUUAAACUUGCUGAAGAAUUCUUACUUUCCACUGAUGGCCUUGUAGUAGGACUUGACCUCAGUGGCGAUCCCACCGCAGGACAUGGUCAAGACUUUUUGGAACCACUCUCAGAAGCUAAAAAAGCAGGUCUGAAGCUGGCAUUGCAUCUUUCAGAGAUUCCAAAUCAGGAGGAGGAGACCAGAGUUCUCCUGGGCCUGCCUCCUGACAGAAUUGGGCAUGGAACAUUUCUCAAUUCUGCAACAGGAGGUGCAGAAGGGCUUGUACCACUUGUUCUACAGAACCAUAUACCUAUUGAACUUUGCAUGACAUCAAACAUCAAAACUCAGACUGUGCCUUCCUGUGACAAACACCAUUUUGGGUAUUGGUACAACCUGGGCCACCCUGCAGUGCUUUGUACUGAUGAUAAAGGUGUCUUUGCAACAGAUCUAUCACAAGAAUAUGCACUGGCUGCAAAAACAUUUAAUCUGACUCGAUCACAGAUGUGGGAUCUUUCCUAUGAAUCGAUCAACUAUAUCUUUGCUUCCAAUGUAGUAAAAUCAAAGCUAAGGGAGCAGUGGUGUAAACUGAAGCCAACUCUGUUUGAUUAACAGCUUCAGUACGUUAGCUUAGUUCAUAAGGCUCUCUUACUGAAGUCCCUGGCUUUUUUCACACUUCAGGUUUGUAAGUCCAGCCCAUAAACUGUGCCUGAUGAAGACAACAAGUGUAUUCUUUGGGGUGGAACUAAAUGUGCUUUCAUAGUUGGGAAGGGCUCUUGACUGUGACCACACUGCCAAGUGUGUUGUCAUGUAGUUUCUCUCCAGUUGAUAAGACACUUUCUUUUUUUUUUUUUAAAUUGUUGAAAUAUAUUCUCAUACUACAAACAUUUGAGGGUCAAACAAAAUAAAGGCACAGCUGUUAGGGUUUAGAAUGUCUCAGCUGGCAGCAUUAGGUCAAGCAAUUUGUAUGUACUGUGUGUAUAUUUGUGUUUGGUAUUAUUGUUAAAUAUAACUUUUGAACAAUUGAUAGAAGAUGACAAACUGAGGGAGAAUGAAAUAUUCAUCACAAAGGAAUUAAAUACUGCAUCUGUUUUUAUUGGUGCUACGUGUAUGACUGAAGAAUGCUGUGGACUGUAGGUUAUGUGGUGGUUUCAUACCUAGAAUGUUUUUGAAUCUCCGUUUUUGAAUCUCCAUUUUUGAAUCUACAAGGGGGAUUGAAUACAAAUACAAUUAUAUAAAAGCU